AUGCGGCCACAAUUGUUCCGUGUCGCCGCACGAUCAAGGAGAUGGACGGCUCUCAAUUACUCUCGUCCUUUCAGCACGACGGGCGCCAGGCAGGCGGAAGUUGAAGUUACAAUUGAUGGCAAGAAGGUAUCGAUAGAAGCUGGUUCCGCACUUAUCCAAGCCUGUGAGAAGGCUGGAUCAACUGUCCCUAGAUAUUGUUACCAUGAGAAACUAUUGAUUGCAGGAAACUGCCGAAUGUGUCUUGUUGAAGUCGAGAGGGCCCCCAAGCCAGUCGCCUCCUGUGCAUGGCCCGUUCAACCCGGAAUGGUAGUCAAGACGAACUCGCCUCUAGUACAUAAAGCCAGAGAAGGUGUGAUGGAAUUUUUACUUGCCAACCAUCCACUCGACUGCCCCAUUUGUGACCAGGGAGGAGAAUGUGAUCUCCAGGAUCAGUCGAUGAGAUAUGGUGCCGACAGAGGAAGAUUCCAUGAGGUCGGAGGAAAGCGUGCCGUCGAGGACAAGAACAUUGGUCCUUUGAUCAAAACUUCCAUGAACAGAUGUAUUCACUGCACACGAUGCGUUCGCUUUGCUAAUGAUGUGGCUGGUGCCCCCGAGUUGGGAACUACCGGACGGGGAAACGAUAUGCAGAUUGGAACCUAUCUGGAGAAGAACUUGGACUCCGAAUUGUCUGCAAACGUAAUCGACCUGUGUCCGGUUGGGGCAUUGACUUCGAAGCCGUAUGCUUUCCGUGCCAGACCAUGGGAACUCAAGCACACUGAGAGCAUUGACGUUCUCGAUGCACUUGGUUCCAAUAUCACUAUCGACACCCGAGGAAUGGAGGUCAUGCGCGUCCAGCCCAGACUUAAUGAUGAGGUUAACGAGGAAUGGAUCAACGACAAGACUAGAUUUGCAUGCGAUGGUCUCAAGACUCAGAGGCUCACUACUCCUCUCAUCCGCCGGGAUAACAAGUUUGUUCCUGCAACCUGGGAGCAAGCUUUGACUGAAAUUGGAAAUGCACACAAGUCGCUAUCCCCCAAGGGCAAUGAGUUCAAGGCUAUCGCUGGCCACUUAAUUGAGACUGAAUCUCUCGUUGCUAUGAAAGACCUCGCCAACAAACUCGGAUCCGAAAAUCUUGCUCUGGACCAAGCUGGUGGCAGCCAGCCUAUUGCUCACGGAGUUGAUAUUAGGUCUAACUACCUUUUUAACUCCAAAAUCUUUGGAAUUGAAGAAGCAGAUGCUAUGCUCCUGGUCGGUACCAACCCUCGCCACGAAGCUGCCGUUCUCAACGCUCGUAUUCGUAAACAAUACCUCCGUUCUAACCUUGAGAUCGGUCUUGUUGGAGAGUCCUUCGAAAGCACUUUUGAAUUCGAACAUCUCGGAACCGAUGCCGCUGCCCUGAAGACUACCCUUACCGGAGCAUUCGGAAAGAAACUUGCCGCCGCAAAGAAACCCAUGAUCAUCGUUGGAAGCGCAGUUGCAGAACAUCCUGAUGCCAAGGCCAUAUUCGAAACAAUUGGAUCUUUCAUUGAUAAGAACACCGCGAAAUUCAUCACCCCAGAAUGGCAAGGCUACAACGUUUUGCAGCGUGUUGCAUCUCGAGGUGGAGCUUACGAAGUCGGUUUCACCACCCCAUCUACCGAAGUCGCCAAUACCGCACCCAAGAUGGUCUGGCUACUCGGUGCUGACGAGAUCAGCGAAUCCGAUAUCCCAAAGGGUGCCUUCGUUAUUUACCAGGGUCACCAUGGUGACCGUGGUGCCCAACUCGCAGAUGUCGUUCUACCAGGCGCCGCCUACACUGAAAAGAGUGGAACAUACGUCAACACUGAAGGUCGUGUUCAAAUGACCCGUGCCGCCACCUCUCUCGCUGGAGCUGCCCGAGAAGAUUGGAAGAUCAUCCGAGCAGUCAGCGAGUUCCUCAGCGCUCCAUUGCCAUAUGACGAUGUUGAAAUGCUGAGAGAUCGCAUGGAGGAAAUCAGCCCUGCCCUGCGAAGAUAUGAUAUCGUCGAGCCCUCAUCUCUCGCCACAUUGAGCAAAGUGCAGCUGGUAGACCAAAACCGAGGCAGCAAAGCAACCGGUGCUCCACUGAAGAAGCCAAUCGAGAAUUUCUACUUCACAGACGUUAUUUCCAGAAGCUCAACGACCAUGGCAAGAUGUUCGGCCGCCAAAGAAACUGGAAACCCAGAAACCAACUUUAUGGCUGCGGGCGAGAGCUCAGCUACAGCCCAAGCGGUUCAAGGCUAA